AAGAUCUUCCAGGGAAAACCAGAGGUGAAUUUGAGAUCUGGAAUACGACAUGAGACCUGUUUUACUUGAGAUGACCAAUUCUUCGUGGUAGAAACAUAUAAUUUAAAAUAAGCUUGUAUAUAUAUAUUUUUUUAAUCUCGGUUCAGUGCUUUUUGAACAGGUCUGGUUCAAUUGGUUUUGGAUUUUUGAAACUGAAUCAGAACCAAACAUUUUUUUUCUCUAAUCAAACGGUUUUGGAUUUUCAAGUUCUUAAUUUUCUCAACUUGAAGCCUUCACCGUUAUGAUGGUGAAAACGGAAGUUUUCUAACCACUUUUACAUAAAUUGAUAUAGAUUGAUGAUAGCCCCAUUUCAUUCCAACAUUCCCCCCCGCCCCCUCUCUCUCCACAUUUUUCACAUUCCGUCCUUCCUUCUACUCCUAAUACUCUUCUUUCGCUUAAUCGCUUCUCUCUCUCUCUUUUACUGUUUUCUUCGAUGAUUCUUUGCCCCGCAUGAUCGCCGCCGUCUCUCCACUCUCUCCACCCAAACACACUGCCGUUUUCAUUCACACCACCAACCCUUUCUCCUUUCCUCUCCAUUCAGGAGCGGAUCCGGCCAAAAUGGAUUGGAUACGGAAGAGGAUGAAUUUCAGGUGUUUUAAUAAGAGAACUGACAGUAAAGUACUCAAGGUGGAGGUUGAAAGUGGCGGUGAGGAUUUUAUGGAUGCAGCUGUUGCAGAGGCUAGGGUUUCGCCUCAGCAUCUUGUUAUCAUGGUUAAUGGUAUUAUUGGGAGUUCUGCAGAUUGGAGAUAUGCGGCAGAUCAGUUUGUGAAAAAACUUCCUGACAAAAUACUUGUGCAUCGCAGUGAAUGCAACCAUUCAAAAUUGACGUUUGAUGGUGUUGAUUUGAUGGGUGACAGGCUAGCUGAAGAGGUAUUGGCAGUUGUUAGACACAGGCCUGAGGUGCGGAAAAUUUCCUUUGUGGCUCACUCACUAGGUGGACUUGUUGCAAGAUAUGCUAUAGCCAGGCUGUAUGAAAAUUUACCUAAAUCAGCCCUUUCAAAUCUCACUGAAAAUUCCUUGGAUGAAGAGCACACAAAUUCAAUGCACUGUCUUGAGCAGCCAUGUGAAGCUAGAAUUGCUGGAUUGGAACCUGUGAACUUCAUAACAUUUGCAACACCUCAUCUUGGUUCAAGGGGAAAUAAACAGCUCCCUAUUCUCUGUGGUCUUCCUUUCCUUGAGAGAAGAGCAUCUCAGACUGCGCAUUUAAUAGUUGGAAGGACAGGAAAGCAUCUGUUCCUAACAGACAAUGAUAAUGGGAUACCUCUUCUUCUUCAAAUGGUUAAUGAUUCUGAUGGCUUAAGAUUCAUAUCAGCUUUACGUGCAUUCAAGCGUCGUGUGGUAUAUGCAAAUGCAAAUUAUGAUCAUAUAGUUGGAUGGGGAACAUCAUCAAUUAGGCGUCAAAAUGAACUUCCCAAGUCCAAUCUUCUUGUGACAGAUAAUAAAUAUCCACAUAUUGUUUAUGUGGAGAGAGAAAGAGUGGACCACAAUUCUGAUAAAAAAACUCUUGUUGUUGGAGAGCAAACAACUGAUUUAGAAGAGAUGAUCAAAGGACUGACUCAAGUACCUUGGGAACGUGUAGAUGUUAGCUUUCAUAAAAGCAAACAACGGUAUAUUGCUCACAAUACCAUUCAGGUGAAGUCGUAUUGGUUGAAUUCUGAUGGUGCUGAUGUGGUUUUCCACAUGAUAGAUAAUUUCCUUCUCUAGGCCUCUACUAGUUGGUUUCUUACAGUUGGUGAUUCUAUGAUGGAUGGGUUGCUUCUUUUUUAUGCAAUGGUCUACAUUGUGACAUAUGAAGGCAUUGCAGCAUAUACUUCCAUGUCAAUGAGGAGAUUCCAGGGGUACUGCAGAGUUGUAGCUAUCUUAAUAGGUUCGUUUGUUUGUUUGCUUUCAUCAUGUAAAUUCACUUUUCUUUAAAGGUUAUAAUUUCUUUCCAUUUUACCAAUUGGUAAGUAUAUGAUGAUUAUUCUCUUUUGAUA